CACACACAAAAGUUCUCCACAGCUUUCCAUUUCGUUUGGUUUGGCUCAGUAUGGUGACCUCUGGCAACACUUUAUGUGCUUGACCAUACACUGUUGUAAGUCUGUGUUACUCAUGCUUGUAUGAAGGAAGCAAAAAGAAUUAACACUAGAGCAAACCACAGCAAAAGAGGUAAGAAGGUAAAACAACCAUGGCAAGGAAAAAUUCAUUCGUUAAUGAAAUGACAUAUUACUUGAGGCUGUUUUUUUGUUAUACACAUUGUUCAUGCAUACUAGGCAAUACUGGUAAUUAAUAUGGUGAUGAUUAAUAUACUAAGAAAGAUACUGACCAUACUACAAAAGGCACACAAAUAUAAAACAAGCUAUAUUUGAACAUAUACAAUCCCAGACCACAUAACUGGGGAUAAAUGCUUUAUAAAGAAAUAUGUUCUAAAAGAGGUGGAAAGUAAAGAAAUGGAAAUAUUUGAUGCAUGUCAUUGUUCAUUAGUGUCAUAAUCACCAUUGUCAGUAGUAGUAGUAGUCAAAGGAGUAGAAGAGAGGUACUAGAAGCAUUACAAAAAGGGACCUUCAUGACAUUACUAAUACUUAAUGACACUGGAAUUGCAGAAAAAAAUGUAUCUUUCUUGCUUAUAGUAAAGACCUUCAUUUACUUUAUUUCCUCAGUAUGUGAAUUAUAUCAAGCCUCCUUGAGGAAAAACAAAUACAAGAAAAGAGAAAAGGGGAUUAAGGGAAAGGCAAAAUCAGAAGACUUCUAAUAGAGAUACGGGAGCGUCCUCCUGGCCACCCAGGGAGCACGUCUUCUUCUCCUUUUCAUAUAUGUAUAAAUACUUUUAUGAAAAGGAGUGAUAUAUUUAUAAAUACAUAUAUCACCAGUUACAAAUAUUGAUUUAUGUAUAAAUACAUAGAUCAAUAUUUGUAACCAGUGAAUGUAUUGAUAAAGACACAUGCAGUCAUGCAUAAAUCUACUGAAUUAAAAAGCAUCAGAGUGAUGAAAUAAAUAUUUGCUUAUAGCUUCUCAUGUUUUUGGCCAUUUUUAGGAUUCUAGUGAUAAAGAGCGUGAUCAGAAUUAAUAAGCAAGUAACUAGAGAAGUGAUUUGAUUUAUAAUUAUUUUUAAUUAACUUGAAUAUAUUUGAUAGAAAUAGUAAUAUAUAAUAAAAAAUGAUAGUAAAUUUAGAUAUGGCAUAAGUACUAAAUAACUAGCAAAAUAACUAGCUUAGGUCACAGUGGAGUCCAUGCUGUUGUCUAUUUCUAUUUCUUAUGUCUACGUCUUAUGCUUAGUUGUGUUAUGUGUAGGAGCAUUAAGAAUAUCAUUUUUUUCAUUUGCAGAGCUUGAUGGAAACUUUGUUAGCAAAGGUAUUGGAAUCCUGUGUCAAGGUCUUGGAGUCUAUCAACAGUUAUUUAAAAGGAGUGGAUUAGCAGACAGAGAGGCUCUGAACCACUUCAUCAGUAAGAGCAGCAGAGAUGUUAAGAAGACCGCAGAGUGCCUUAUGGAGGUUGAGGAUGAAUGGGCCAACUUCCUUAGGCAACUGGAAGCCAGGGAAGGUGAGAGAAAAUCCAUUAUAAAGCCAGAGGUCGGUGAUGCAGCUCCCAGAGAUGUAAUUCUCCAUCGAGUGCCUGAUUCAUUGCAUGACAAGCUUGGGGCGGAAGUCACAUUACAUGACCUCCUCCCAAUGCUACCCCAGGAGAGGACUCUACUUGUGCUAAAUAGGCACUUUGCCUGACUUCCAUGACGCAUCCACGUGGCCCAGCUGGCAGAGAGACAUGGUGAACUCACUGCUGCUGGUUGCAAUGUGGUGGUAUUAACAUUUGGGGAGAUGUCAGGUGCAAGGAGAUGGCUGGAGGAAACUCACUGUCCUUUCCCUUACUUCACUGAACCAACUCUUUCCAUUUACCAGAAACUUGGGUUGAAAAGGUCCAUUGUGUCUGUCUGGAACUCAACAGCCCUAGGUUUUUAUGGUGCUCAGAUGGCCAAGGGGACACCACUACCAAAGGCAUAUGCAGACAUUGAGGAUGACCCACACCAAAUGGGCGGGGACUUCAUCGUGGACAAACAUGCAAAACUUGAAUUUAUAUAUCAUAGUAAAGUGCCAAGCGAUAGGCCAUCUGUAGAUCUCAUUCUUGCAUCAUUGAAGAGAAUGAAUCAGCCUUAAAGAGUGCCUCUCUUUGCUUGGAUACACACCAGUUUACAUAUUUUGUGAUUUCUAUGUAGAGACUCUAUAUAUGGGAACAGUUUUGGCUAUUGUAUAGUCCACCAUGUCCAUUGAUUAUUGGCAUUGAAGCCACACGCUUGAUUAUUAAAAGCAAAUAACACUUACCAAACAGAGAAACAACUGAAAAUACAUUCCAUUUGAGAUAACAUUCCACAAAUCCAACUUGCACCCAUGGGACUUUUAUUAUUUUAUUUAUCAUUUAUUUGUAAGGCAAAUAAUUUCUGUGGUUGUGAACUUUAGGUUUAAGAGCUGGUGAGGCAUUUUGUGUUGAUUGGACUAGUCUCUGUAUUAUAGAAAAUUUGUUGCAAAAUUUCUGCUUUUCAGUAUUUCAUCUAGUGCAGAAAUAUAAAAAUUGCAACUGGCAGACUGCUUUGAACAUAUGUAUUAAAUCUCUCAGUCACAAAUAAGCACAUAUGAAAAUUAGAAAUAUAUAUUUUUCCAACACAAGUAUAUAUAAAUAUAUAUAUUUAUAUUGAUACGUGGCAGUUAACUGUAAAGUGAAAUAUUUACUGUUGCUCACAGAGUUGAAUUAUUUUUGUGAUGUGAAUAUUUUGUGAGAGUGAGAGUAAGACCCCAAAUAGAGGUGUAACAUAAAUUUUGUAAUUAUUAAUCUGUACCCAGGUCUUAUUUUAAAGGUCAGAAAAGAAAACAUAAAUUUGUAGCUUGGUUAUCAAGAAUUUGCAGAUGAUUCUUUGCCUUUUUCUUUUUCUUUUUAUCGAAGGCUUAUAGCACAUGGAGUAGAAUGUGGACUAGGAUACAGUUUAUAUUUUGCUGUUCUGUGUAUUCAUCUUUGGGGGGGUGGCGCCU